AUGGCGGAUCAAUCGAUGGCUGCUUCUCGAUUUGAGAAGACUACUUCGCUAGACAUUGAUGCGUCGGUCUGUUGUACCUCCGGCUCUGCUGGUUCAGAAACACCAUCGGUGGUCACUACCAGAGAUGUAGUGGUCGCUACUUCAGUCGCUCGUCAGUCGACGGCAGUGCUUGGAGAUUGCUGGCUUGUAGAUAUGACGGCUGUUUCAAAACACCAUUUAAUCGGAAUCAACAUAAAUCAGCCGGAUUAA